AUGCCAUACCGAGUCAGCACCCGUACGAAGGCCCAGGCUCAAGCCGCCCCCGAAGUCUCCGCUAAUGUCGACGUUCGAGACGUUAACUUCACGACCCUGUGGAGGCAGCUCACCGCGGAAGGCUGGACAUCCAAGCGUCCUACGCGAUUGCAAAUGUCGUGGUCGUACUACAGUCCAGAAGCGGCAAAGGACAGCCCCGUUGAAGGCGUGAAUAUGUUUACAGGUGAGGCCGCUGUCGUGAAGUACGCUGUAGCGAAAGGUAUUGUGGCGACCGCCGCCAACCUCGAAGCCAGUGAAGACGAUACCAACUGUGAAGACGAGGCCAACCGUGUGGACGAAGCCAACCGUGAGGACGAAGCCAACCGUAAGGACGAGGCCAGCCGUCAAGACGUCAACCACGAAGACUUGGUCAACCGCGAAGGCGAGAGCGUGACCAGAAGACUAGAGAGUCUCUUUGGAUCUGAUAGCGAGGAGGAGGCGUGCAAGCUGAAUACAGCAACGGAAGAUAACGAUGAUGAGCACGACAUCGUUACGGCUUCGCAGAUUGACACUACCGUAGCACUAUCAGCAAACACUGUAGAUGCCAUGUUUGGAGGAGCACAGAGCGAAGAAGAGGAGGCUGCAGUGAUGAUGGCGUCACUUUGCGAUGCACCCCCGUUGGCAUCGAGUUUUCCGGCAACCAGUCCUCCUACAGAUCCCGUGACCCCGACCAUGCCUACUCGGGAACCAGUCGUCACCGACCCUGCAAACCCAUUGGUGCCCCCGAAUCCAGACGAUGUGAACGUUAUGAAAGACGACGAUGUUGAAGAUGACUACGAGAGCAUUGAUUCGUCGUCCGACGGCACAAUCUCGUCGGGUGAAGACGAUGUUACGACCCAACAGCCUGACGCAGACGUAUCCUCCGACGAAGAUGAAACCUCCGAACUCAUGGAUGCAGCUUUUAUUGAUUGUUUGGGUGGUUCGUUAGCUAUUGAAGACAUGGACCAAAGCACGCUGCGCUCGAUGGCGUGGACGACACCAUCUACGCAUUUCGAAAGCAAUGCCAGCUCAUUCGAUGGUCUGUCGCGCGAUGUCGCGAGACCUUCGGUUGAGAUCAUGUCCAAGACGGAUUCACCGCUGGAUUUGCUGCUUUUCUUUAUGCCUAAGAAGCUUUGGACCUACAUCACGCGUGAGACAAAUCGCUACAAGUACACAAAGCUGGAUGAGAAGGCGAAAUUGGAGCGUGCACGGCUUGUGCGCGAAGGACAAGGUGGACAAUCAUUGCGUGAUAUUCGGAGGCGUUUACGGGCGGAGCCUGACUACUCGCCACGCGAGAUCCUGCAAGUGAUGGGUCUACUAGUGGCUCACAUGCUGAGCCCGACUCGGCCAUUCUCCGACCAUUGGGCUAUGGUCGGUGAUGGUGCACUUCCUAGUGGUACUUUCGGGCAAUUCCUCGCACGCAAUCGGUGUACAUCAAUAUUGAGUGACUUGCACUUCUGCAACAACGACGCAGCAAACAAGCGAGACAAGCUGUGGAAGCUUCGAGCAGUCGUGGAUGUGAUCCAAGACCGGUUUUUGAAAGCGUGGAGUGUAUCUAAUGUUAUAUCCUUUGAUGAAGGUGUUCUACCUGCUACAUCGAAGCGGAACAGCACUCGGAUGUUCAUGCCGGAUAAGCCACAUCGGUAUGGAACCAAGAUGUUCAUGACGUGCGACUCCCGCACUGCGUACUGCCAUAGGUUUGAAGUAUAUGUUGGAAAGCGCCAAGCCCAAGAUUCAGCACAACAAGUGUUUGAUCACAAGACAGGAGCUGCAGCGGUUAUCCGUAAUUUGAAAGCAGUGCUUGGUGAAACCUACGCUGGGUUCCGAAUCAUUGUUGUGGAUAGGUUUUACACUUCCGUGGCGCUCGCACUCCAACUACUCUCGAUGUCAGUGUACAUGGUGGGUACCAUCAUGACAUCAAGGCUGGGGUUCGACAAGGAGGUUGUGGAGAAGCGCAAGACGCGCCCGAGCUCGAUUAAUCGUGGGUCAUUCAAGUUUUCUCGCUCAGUCGCGGUGCCUACCAUGGUUGCCUGUCAUUGGUGGGACCGCAAGCCUGUACACUACCUGGCAACGGGUGUGUCUAUGGCUGAGGACAAGAUCAGACGGAACUUGAAGGCAGCGGGGCAGUCCACGUUUCCCUGCCCCAAGUUGGUGACGGACUACCAACGCUGGAUGGGCGGAGUUGAUGUGCAUGAUCAACUCCGCCUCCAGACGUACUCUGUGCAAACUGCCUUUAGAUUUCGCAAGUACUACAAGGGCCUAUUUUUAGGGCUGUUCGACCUCGCAUUGGUCAACGCAUAUAUAACGCACAAGGAAGCGUCUCGAAUUAGAGGUACAACCCCAGUCAAGCGUCUCGAAUGGUUCAAGAUGCUGCACAAGCAGCUACUACAAGUGACGGACGACUACUUCACGCUAAGCACGCCGGAGAAGUCACCGUGCAAUCGUAAGCGCCGCCGUAAGACCUCCCACCAGCUGAAGCAGCUCGACGAUUGGGUCGUCGUCUCCGGCGUCCAGAAGCGACGCCAGCGCGCGUGCAAGGUCUGCUCCCUGUACCGUGGGGAGCAGAAAAAGAGCUUCCAAACUACGUUCUACUGCGAGGACUGCUCCAAGGGAGACGCCAAGUUCUUCUUGUGCCCUAAGGCACGCAGGGGCACCGACACGACGUGCUUUCAAGUGUGGCACGACGACUUUGAAUGUGGAGCCGCGAUACCGAGUCACCUUGGAAAACGCGUCGUUCUCCGCCGCGCACCGAAGGCAGCAGGCGUGCACAAGAGUACCAGGCGGGAGCCACAAGAAGAGAAGAAAGAAGAAUGAGCUGGUAAGGCUCCCAAGAUUAGCACGCCAUUAGCUUCUUUUUUGAACUUCAAAUUGACUAUUGGUCUUUGCCUA